UUUCUUCUUGAUCCUGACAGAGUCGAUAUACGUUAGAAUUUAUGAAGAGCGGAUGGACAUUCUUCGUGCUGUUAUCAUUGGACCAGCUGGAACUCCAUAUCAUGAUGGUCUCUUUUUUUUUGACAUUUACUUUCCCCCAACUUUUCCCAUGAUACCCCCGAUGGUUCAUUAUCAUUCUGGAGGACUUCGUCUGAAUCCCAACUUAUAUGCUUGUGGAAAAGUUUGCCUAAGCCUUCUUAAUACCUGGCCUGGCCAAGGCUGUGAGAAUUGGAAUUCAUCCAACUCGACCAUUCUGCAAAUUUUAGUCUCCAUCCAAGCCUUGGUUUUAAAUGCCAAACCCUACUUCAAUGAGCCAGGCUUUGUGCAUUUAGUUAAUACACCUUAUGGAGAGAAGGAAUCUCUAGCUUAUAAUGAGGCGACGUUCAUCUCAUCUUGCAAGACUAUGUUGUAUUCCCUACGGAAUCCCCCUAAGAAUUUUGAAGACUUUGUUGCUGAACAUUUCCGCUGCAAAGGCGGCGCAAUCCUUGCAGCAUGCAGAGAAUACAUUGAAGGUGCUCAGGUUGGCUGUGUCGUUGGCAAUGGUGUGCAACAUGUAGACAAAGUUGAUAUGAGCUGUUCAUCAACAUUCAAGCAGAAUCUCAGCGCCCUUUAUGAUCAUCUGGUAAUGCAGUUCGCUGCCAAAGGGAGCUCAAGCUAAGU